UCUUUUUUUGGGUCUCACUGAUGAGAUCUUGCAAAUCCCAAAUGAUAAAAAUAAAAGGUACAGCAACAGGGUGCUAAGUUCUGAGAGUGAAGCGGACGCUGCAGGGAACCAAGCUGUUCGUGGGGAAGUCUGGCUUCGGAAUCAAAGAAUCUUUUGAAGGAGGAGGAGGUGAAGACACUGGGCGCACCGAGUUUUCCUGUGGAUUUCGCUCUGGUUGCAUUAUUGGGUACCUGGUGAGCGGUCGUGAUAAAUAUUUCUGAUUAUUCGUUGUGUUUUUGAUGAACGAUUGAUUUCGUGAUGUGAAAGAAUUCUCAGGCCUGGAAUCUUUAAUGAGUCCAUCAAAUUUAAGGACCAAAAACUUGACAGGUUUGAGUGGUGGUCCAUGACUUGUAUUCCCUUGAAGUUGCUGUUCAUCUGGAUGUCAUUUACUUCGACUCAUUUUUUGAUAAGUGAUUUACGGCGAAACUGGACAUGAGUAAGCUGGUGGGGACAUGCUUGAACCGCGUGAAUCUGAUAUACCUGCCCUGUUUGUGGUUUUAGUUGUACUUCCUUUGGUUGCUUAUUUCUUACUUGGAAAAUGGAGUGAGGCUGCGAAGAAGAGAGAUAGAAUAUCUUUACUCGCACAACUGGCUGCUGAAGAAGCUAGCAGAGUAGAAGAAAUGGCUAUUUCUGAUGUCAUUCCUCCUAUUUCUUCUACAAAGAUUGGACAUCAUGCGUGUGCUAGUUGUUCGGCCCCGGCAAAAACCCGGUGCUCCAGAUGCAAGACUGUUAGAUAUUGCUCUGGGAAUUGUCAAAUAAUUCAUUGGAGGCAAGUUCACAAGCAUGAAUGUCAAAUUUUGGAAACUCAUAAAUUAAACUCAUCUCCUCUAGCUGUUUCAGUCGAUGAAUUCAGUCAUGAGAGUGGCUUAUGUUAUGAAAAUAUGAACUCUCAGUUCUUUGCUCAUAAUUUGGUGAAUGCUUUGAAUGAGAACUCGCCUUCAGACAAUUUGGUCCACCCUCCAAUUGGCAUCGUUUCUUCUGCUAUGGGAAAGUGUGCUCUCUUUAAUAAUUCUCAUGUCUCCACCCAUGAGAGAAGAACUCCCCAUAAAUCCAAUAGAGAAUUGCGUAGAAAAAACAGUGAGACCACAUAUGAUUCUUCUACUAAUUCUUCUGGAUGUAACGCCACCAGUCAUCCCUCUUCCAUUGUGGCAUCAAAAGAGGUGUUUAUGAGACAGAAGUUAGAAAAUAAUGACUGUGCUGUCAAGGAAGAUGAAAAUUCUAAGGUUAAUGCUAGUGAGGUCUAUGUAAAGGAACAAAAUCCCUCGAGGAGCAUGAUGCUUGAGGAUGAUAAUUAUCAAAAUCAAAUUGGACAUGCUUUUAACACAAGAAACGAUCAGGGAUACUCAAGUUCAUCAAAUGUAGAAGUCAUUGGUGAACUGUUAGAUCAAUUUCAAAUAGAUGAUGCUACCAGUGGAGGACAAGUUGUCAAGGGGGUAAAUCGUCCUGAUGAUGAAGUAGAACAAGCCAAAUGCUCAUCUGAAAUGACAGUCAAAGGAAGCAUAAAAGCUAAAAAAUCAACCCACCCUCCCAAGACUAAAUGUUCUAAAUCAACAUUGAAGGCAUCAGUCGAUUUAUUUUGCUCAGAAAUGGAGAUGGAAGGGCAAACUGCUGACGAACCAAUUUCAGGGAUCAGGGACCCCAUACCUUCACUGGGUAACAAUGGAGCUGCAAUCAUGGGAAUAAGGAAAAUGAUGGGUAUGAGGAAAUCAGCAAAACAUACUGUGACGGCCAUGAAGAUGCUGUUUCCUUAUGACGAGUUUGUACAGUUUUUCCAGAGUGAAGUGUUUGGCAUAUACCCCAGGGGCCUUGUAAAUUGUGGAAACAGUUGCUAUGCGAAUGCUGUCUUGCAAUGCUUAACUUGCACAAAGCCUCUUGUCGUCUAUUUUCUUUGUAGAUCACAUUCAAAAGCCUGUUGUACAAAAGAUUGGUGUCUCAUGUGUGAGCUAGAGCAACAGAUAAUGAUUUUAAGAGAAAAUGGGGGCCCUCUAUCUCCUAGCAGGAUACUUUGGCAUAUGAGGAGCAUGAAUUCCCAAAUGGGUGAUGGAAGUCAAGAAGAUGCCCAUGAAUUUUUAAGGCUUCUAAUUGCAUCGAUGCAAUCUAUAUGCUUGGAGGGACUUGGUGGUGAGAAAAAGGUUGAUCCUAGACUUCAAGAAACAACUUUUAUACAACACACUUUUGGUGGUCGUCUUCAAUCCAAGGUGAAAUGUUUGAAUUGUAAUCAUGAAUCAGAACGAUAUGAAAACAUUAUGGAUCUAACACUGGAGAUAUUGGGUUGGGUCGAAUCUUUGGAAGAUGCCCUGACACAAUUUACAUCCCCUGAAGACUUGGAUGGAGAAAAUAUGUACAAAUGUGGAAGGUGCACUGCAUAUGUACGUGCCAGAAAGAAACUCAGUAUACAUGAAGCCCCAAACAUCCUUACAAUUGUCUUGAAAAGAUUUCAGGAAGGAAGAUAUGGAAAAAUUAACAAGUGCAUAACCUUUCCUGAAAUGCUGGAUAUGAUUCCUUUCAUGACUGGAAAGGGGGAUAUUCCUCCACUUUACAUGCUUUACGCUGUUGUUGUGCACCUGGACACACUAAAUGCAUCUUUCUCUGGACAUUAUGUUUCAUAUGUGAAAGAUUUGCAAGGAAAUUGGUUCAGGAUAGAUGAUACUGAGGUUCAGCCGGUGCUAAUCAGUCAAGUGAUGUUAGAAGGAGCUUAUAUCUUAUUUUACAUGAGGUCUAGUCCCCGCACUCAAUCACCAUUUUCCGGGAAGGUCGUACAGCAACAAGUUCCCAGCUCGUCGAAGCAAUUCCCGGGAGAAUCUCACAAGGCUUCUAAAUCAGGACAUAGAAGAGAUAGCAGACAAUUCAUUGUGCCAGAGCCCUCACUUAAUGCCAGGGCAGAAACCCGUACUCACUAUAUUGAUGCCUCUAAUGGCACCCUUCACAGUACCAAUAGAAAUUAUUUGCCAGUGACAGAAACUUGCACUGAAAACAUUGGCAGGGAGUUUUCAGAUGCUACAUCAAGUGAUUGGUCGCUUUUCACGAGCUCAGAUGAGGCCUCUUUCACAACUGAGAGUACUCGGGACUCCUUCAGUACUGUGGAUUAUGGUGAUUCCUGCAAUAUUGAUCAAUUUUCAUCUAUCUUCAGUUACACCACAGAAAAUUCCAGAAAUUCUGUUUGUCACAGGAAGUUCUUACAUAGUAGGCCAUUAACCAGAUUCGUUCCCCAGAGUGGCCAGGCACUUGACACCAACUUAUCAAACAAUCCUACAUCUGACACCGAUUCGUUGAGCCAUCCUCUUGAGUGGGAACGGCGAAUGAACCAGUCAAAAAGGGCCAGCCAUUCUUCAAUUGAACCUCCUUCUAGUGGCAACUGUGGUAGGUAUGUAUAUUAUGGGAGUACUAACCCCAUUGCCAGGACUUACAGUCAUUAUGAGCCCUAGCUCUUGAAAAUUCUGCAGGUUGUAGUUGUAGGUGCUAUGCCUCAAAAUUUUCAAUAUUUAGUUGAUUGAGGCAUAUUAGCUCUUCUAAACAUACCCUUCUUCUUCUUUUUUUUUUUUGGUUAUUGAAAAUUGUAAAGAUGACAGUGACAUUUCUUGGGCUUAUCUGUUUCCUUGAAAGUCAUUUCUUCAUAAGCUUAUUGGUUAUCAGGCAUGUCUAGGGCAAAAUAUGCUUAUGGUGAUGAGACAGUGAAAUGUACAAUCUUACAAUGUUUCUAGUUGAGUAGUUUCUGUGGUUC